AUGAGGCUGGAAGGCAAGGUUGCGAUUAUUAGCGGCGGCGCGCGUGGAAUGGGCGCUGCGGAAGCGCGAAUGUUCGCCCGCGAGGGCGCAAAGGUCAUGAUCGGCGAUCUGCUCGAAGAAGAGGGCAACAAAGUCGCCGCCGAGAUUGGCGAGGCAGGUGGCGAGGCGCUCUUCGUCAGGCUUGAUGUAACCGACGAAUCGAGCUGGCAAAGCGCCGUCGAAGCCGCGGUCGAGCGCUUCGGCAAAGUGGACAUUCUGGUGAACAACGCUGCCAUUCUUCGAGUUCAAGGCUUGCUCGAAACCACCGAAGAGAUUUGGGACGAGGUGAUGGACGUGAAUGCCAAGGGCACGUUCCUCGGCACGAAGAGCGUCAUCGCCGAAAUGCGAAAGGCUGGCGGCGGCUCCAUCAUAAACAUAUCGUCUGGCGCGGGCAUCACGGGCAGCGAGCGCAACACCGCCUACCACGCCUCUAAGGGCGCGGUGAGGAUAUUCACCAAGGCAGCGGCGAUACAGUACGCGGGCGAGAACAUUCGCGUGAACUCAGUGCAUCCCGGUCCGAUUGAAACCGACAUGCUUGCGUCAUCUACGUCGGUAGAAGGUGGCAGAAGACCCGAGGACAUCCCUCUCGGUCGCUACGGCAGGCCGGAAGAAGUCGCCUAUGGUGUGCUCUAUCUCGCAUCCGAUGAGUCGUCGUUCGUGACCGGAAGCGAAGUGAUCAUAGACGGCGGGCGCACUGCGGAGUAG